AACGUUUUGAGUCUGUAAUCACUGUAGAUUUCCGAAGAAGUUAUCGAAUUUGAGUUUUGCCAAGAUAGUAUCAACUAAAAUCAAGAAGAAAUGGCUGAAAGUGAGAGUGGAGAUAAAGAGAUAAUAAAAUCGUCGGUUUCAAGCUGCGAGGCGUAUUUCGAGAAAGUACAGUCGAGGAAGAAUCUUCCCAAAUCUCUUCAAGAAACCCUAAACUCCGCCUUCGCCGGUAUCCCCGUCUCCUCCUUCCCUCAAGUUCCCGGCGGCAGAGUGAUAGAGAUUCCAGCGGAAACAUCUGUGUCCGAAGCAGUAAAGAUUCUUUCAGACAGCAAGAUCCUCUCAGCUCCUGUAAUAAACAAAGACCACGAAACCUCUCUAGACUGGAAGGAGCGAUACUUAGGAAUCAUAGACUACUCCUCAAUCAUCCUUUGGGUGCUAGAAAGCGCAGAACUCGCCGCGAUCGCGUUAUCCGCCACGUCAGCAACCGCUGCUGGCGUUGGAGCUGGAGCCGUUGGUGCUUUAGGUGUUGCGGCGCUCGGUUUCACCGGUCCGGUCGCUGCUGCGGGGCUAGCGGCGGCUGCGGUUGGAGCUGCGGUUGCUGGUGGUGUUGCAGCUGACCGUGGGAUUGGGAAAGAUGCUGCAACUGCUGCUGAUAAUUUGGGGAAAGAUUUUUAUCAAGUGAUUCUCCAAGAAGAGCCUUUUAAAUCAACCACUGUUGGGACUAUACUUAAGUCUUUUAGAUAUGCUCCUUUUAUUCCGGUUUCUACAGAGAGUUCAAUGUUGAGUGUUUUGUUGCUGCUGUCUAAGUACCGGUUAAGAAAUGUACCGGUUAUUAAACCGGGAGAGGCGGAUAUCAAGAACUACAUUACUCAAUCUGCGGUUGUUCAUGGUCUUGAAGGCUGCAAAGGUAGAGAUUGGUUUGAUCAUAUUUCUGCUCUUCCUAUCUCUGAUCUUGGCCUCCCUUUCAUGUCUCCUAAUGAGGUGAUUAGCAUUGAUAGCGAAGAGCUUAUUCUUGAAGCGUUCAAGAGGAUGAGAGACAACAACAUUGGUGGUCUUCCUGUUGUUGAGGGAACAAACAAGAAGGUGGUUGGAAACAUAAGCAUGAGAGACAUUAGAUACUUGCUUCUACAACCUGAAGUCUUCUCCAACUUCAGGCAUCUUACGGUGAGGAGUUUUGCGGCAAAGAUUGCAACGGCGGGGGAGGAAUACGGUUUAGCGAGUCCUGCGAUAACAUGUAAGCCUGAUUCGACUUUGGGGAGUGUUAUAAACAGUUUGGCUUCAAGGUCAGUGCAUAGGGUUUAUGUAACGGAUGGAGAUGAGAAUGAGCUGUUUGGGGUUAUUACACUGAGGGAUGUGAUCUCUUGUUUCGUGUCUGAGCCUCCUAACUACUUUGAGAACUGUCUUGGCUUCUCGGUUAAAGAAGUGCUUAACCGAUGAUGAUGUUGAUCUCUUGUUUCUCUGCUUCUUGGUCUUCUUUGGUUCUUUCUUGGUUUUAGAUAAUCAAGUUGUUUGUUUUUAUUAUCUAAUUUGUAAGCCACUUUCAAGUUUUGAAGUUUUUGUCUUUUAAUUAACCUUUGGGAAUGGGUUAUAAGGUAUGGAGUUUUGCUGAAAUUGGUGAAUUUAUUGCGUAGAGUUUG